AAGAACACAAAAAAAUGUCGACAAAAGUAUACACCCUUUCAAUCAUGACAACAAUACUCAAUAUUUUCCACAUAAAAUAAAAAAUGGCUUUGGCAUUUAGUACAUACUCAAUGAUUCAUCUGGGCCCCAUUCAAACGCAGGAUUUUGAACAGGAAACUUCUGAAAUUUACAGAGAAAUAUGAAUAACCCAAAUGGCUCGAACUCUGAUCUAGGGCUGCCUUCUUGGCGCUCAGGCUAUGUAUGGGAAUCUAUUUGGUCAAGCUACAACUGGAACUCCCAAGAUAUGAAUUACGCUCUUCCUGACUCUUCUUCAAAUCCGAGUAUUUUGAAUCAACUUGAAAUGACGAUAUUUGGCUCUGACUCUUCAGUGAACACCGUAAGUGACACUACAAAUACAAAUACUCGUGUGCAAAUAAUAAGAGAACCAUCAGCAUAUACUGUGCAAAACAGGACAGAAGAAUUUAAUAGGUCAGAUCUACCUCAUACAUCAGUAAAUGCGAUUAGUGGAGAAGACGAGGAAAACAUCUGCCAGUAUGUUCACUUUGGAACUGAAAGGGAGUUAAGUAGAAUUGCAGAACAAGAAUACAAUAGAAAACAGAUGAAUAUAUUAUAUGACAGGCCUCAAAUAUCACAUAAAAAGAUUAAUAAAGGUAAAAGAUUUCGUGUGCCAAAGUAUCUUAGAUUGAUCAACUCCACUUUCUCUGACUGCAUGAUUAAAACAUAUCAAUGUAGAUUCUGCAAAGAAGUUUUCGAUACGUUUCGUCUUGCAUCUGGUCACACUUGUUUUAGACGGCGAGCUGGAAGGCAUGGAAAUAGUAAUGGUAUAAAUAAAUAAUGGAAAUUCCAUUUACAAAUAAAUAUGUUAACAAAAAUCUCAUUUGUAACUGGUUACUUUACUUUUUUAUUAAAAAAAAUUAUAUAAAAAAUGUUUACUUUUAAUUACCCUAUCCAGUAACCAUAUGGUCAAUGCAAAUAGAGAAAUAGGUAAAACAAAACAAAAAAAACCCAACCAGCUUCAGUCAAAAUCAAAAUGUAUAGGGAAGGCAAGUCCAUAACAAA